AUGCAGGCAAACACUUUGGAGGCACCUGCUGUUGGGCCUGCAUUGAGAGAACCAGUGUGCUGGCAAUUGACCCUCAGUGCGUCAUACGAGGUCAGCAUUGAGUUUGUCCUGACUUGUACGGCAUCUUCGGAAUCAGUGGCCAACCUCUUCCUCACGCUACGAACUAUCAAAUACCAGCUCGAACUCCACAACGACCGUUACCUGCUACCGAGAUACACCCAUGCGUAUUCUGAUUUGCGACAUUUCACGUCAUUGCUUGCGCCCAACGGCGCCAGUGCGAUGUAUGGAUCUCGUGGACCUGUCGAGUGGUAG